AUGCACUGUCUCUGUCUCUGCAUCAUUGCCACUGUCAUAGGUCUUUCUUUAACUGGAACAAUGACGGAUACAUCAAGAACAAGCAAUAUUGUAUUCAGUUCUGAGUGUCAGGGGGAGGUAUAUCUUCUGACAAACUGUUCUGUGACUAGAAACUCUGCCAUUCAAGUGAAUAUAUCACAGACACUAGUCACAGCGGAUACUAGUUUCAAUUUCUUCAGACUUUUCUUGUGGUCUAACAUGGAAGAAGAGUGGAACAUUAAGCAUUUGGACCUGAGUAACAAUGUCAUACCGAAGAUAACCUUCAGUGUGCUUGUGUGCUUACGUGGUUUGGAAAUAUUAAACCUCAGCAAUAAUGCCAUCCACUCCAUUUCACUGGAAGAACAGAGUCACAGGUGCUCGUGGGCGAAGCACCCCUGGAGCAGGCAUUACCUGCCAUCCCUAAAGGUGCUGCUUCUUCAGAGAAACAAACUCAGUGACACGCCCAAGGGACUGUGGAACCUGAAGUCAUUGCAGAGUUUGGAUCUGUCAUUCAAUGAGAUAUCACAGAUUGGUUUGACUGAUUUCCAUAACUGCCUGCAACUGGAGAACCUCUAUUUAAAGAGCAACAGGAUCUUCAAAAUUCACCCAAGGGCCUUCAAGACUCUCAAAAAACUGCAGAUUGUAGACCUCAGCGGCAAUGCUCUGACCACAGUCCUCCCCUUGAUGGCCAUUGCUCUCGAGCUUCCCCACCUGGAGGCAGUCUUGGCUGACAACCAGUGGCACUGUGACGAUAGCAUAGCGUUCUUCCAAAAUGUCAUUUCUGAAUCCUGGAGGGAAAAGUGGAGUAAAAUUUGCAGUAAGUCCAUAGGAAAUGAAGUGGCAUUCCAGUGGACUCCCCAAAGCAGGAUUUUGAGGGAUACCCACCUCUCCCACAUUCAUCUGAAUCAUAGGGGAAAGCUCCAAGCAGAGAGUUCCCAGGAAGGGGUAACCAAGAGCUUGUCCAUCCUGGGGAACAAGGAACACGUCGACUCUGCUGCCAGCGAGAAGCUGAGACGUCUGCCAAGGUGGCGGAGAGAUACCCCGGAUGCUCAGAGUCUUGACAGGAAGGAGGACGGCCCUUCCCAGGACCUCGCCCUGGCAGUCUGCCUGUCUGUGUUCAUCACAUUCUUCGUGGCUUUCUGCCUGGGUGCUCUGGCAAGGCCUUAUAUUGACAGACUGUGGCAACAAAGAUGCCGGAACAAAAGCCCUGGGCCCAAAACUUCAUAUUCAAAUGAGGGCUUCUAUGAUGAGAUCGAAGGAACAGGGAAUCUGCAGCUUCCAAACACAUCUCUGAGCCAAGCUUUUCAUGGUCUGAACCACUAUGAGGACCAGGAUGCUCUGUCAGUGAUGCCAAGCCCACACACUGCUGUUCCUCAUGGCAGAGCUUCUGGAAGCAGGAGAAAGGGGCCUGGCAGCCAGCAGAGCACCACGCAAUGUGAGAACACCACCACUGGGCCAGGGACCAGAAAUGAUCAACAAUGUUCAAAUGACAGUGCAACCCGCCCAUCCAUGCCCAAUGGAGUGCAGCUCCACGGACAUCCAAAUGCUGGUCAAAGCCAACCAAUUGCAGCCACACAUGAUCACAUCUACAGAAAUUAUAUUCUUAGAGAGCAAAGUUAUGAAACUGUGGCUCGUGAAGAUUCCCUUAAUCCAAUGAACAUCACUCCAGUAGCUGACAGAUUUCAAACAGCCGCUGGUUCAAACCGUGACGUCUCUAAUGUAGUAAACUCAUUUCCCGCAAGAGAAAUGGCAGUUCCUCUUUCUAAAGUGCUAACAGAUACCAGUGCCAUUCAAACUGCAGAGAAAGAGGAAAGAGGGAAUGAUGAACAGUUACCUCCAGGUGCUCCAGGCCCUCCACUGGGGUUUUCUAAGGAAAUGGGAAGGAGCACACAGCAGCAGUUGCCCAUGAAGAUACAUCCCGAGGAAGAGCCUUCUGUGUACUACAGCACAGUGGCCCACAGUGAUCCAGGGGACACUGGGCCUUCAUCAGCCUUACCUCCUAAAUGGGCCAGUGGCCUGGAUGCCACUCCUGCCCACAGGGAAUUUCUGCCCAACUACAUUCCUUCUGACACUCAGUCUGAGCUGGAGACAGACGACGACUCUGAUGAGGGGUCUUUAUUUACGAUGAGUUCUGUAAGUUCAGAGGGUACUCGGGAUGUGUCUGAUGAAGAAGCCCAUGACGCGGAGGGCUGUAGGGCCAGCGAGCCCCUGGACCAUGAGAACUCAAGGGAAAGGAUGGGCAACAUUGGAUCGUUAGAGAGUCUUGAAGACAACAACAGCUUCCAGGAUAUCCCAGGGAAGCAUGAGAAUCUGGAAGGUCAUUUUGUUUCUAGUCCAGAACCUGGCAGCUGGCAGAAGGCCACACAGGGUGGGGACAACCCUGGAGCAGGGCGUAGACUUGAGAACCUGCUUCUGAAGGACAGUGCAGCCCAGGCUGGUGUCACUCUCUCCAACCUGGACUCUCCGGACCUGUAUUCUUCUGCUUCUUCUCCUCCUUCCAUGCUAUUUUCCCACGGACAUCCAACUUCUGAUGGCAGCCACCAGAUUCUGGCCACACAGCAGCACAUCUCUGGCAAUGACAUUCUUGAGGAGUUAAAUUAUGAAACUGUGGCCCAAGAUGAUGUUCUCAGUGAACAUUCAAUGGCUGAGUCUCGGCAGGAAAGUCCCUCUAACGUCAAUACAUUUGAAGAUACAUUAACUUUGCCCAGAACCCCACGCAGUAGCCCUGUGAGUGUGGAGAUCCCAGGAAUGUUCAUUUAUGAUUAUGUCAUAGAUCCGCAGCCAGAGGCAGUCACAUGGCGCUACUCACUGAGAGACUUAGAAUUUUCAGAUGUGGAUCAUUUAUCACAAACACCGCCAUGUUCUGCUGAAGUUGCUUCGCAUCCUGGUCAGCAUCCUAGUCUGUCAUGA